AUUCUGAAGACCCUCUUAACAAUCUUUUAUUCUUCAAUCAAGAAAGCCCAGAUGAUAUAGUUUUUCACAUAUUUAGCACAAUGACUACCACUAUAAGUUUAGCAUAUUGGCAUAGUCAGAGACCUAGAAUUCCUGAAAGCCUGCAUCAACAAUCAUCACA